CUACAGUUGGACUUGUUGGUGGCUUUAAGAAAGUAAUAUAUGCAUUAGUAACUAAGACAAUAAAUGUAAAAUUUCUUAUGAGUAGUCCUAUCACAAACUGAACCGUUGGACUCUGAAGUAGUAAAAAUUCGUACCAAAGACUAAGAAAGCUUUACUUUGAAGAUGAGAACUAACCUACAUUUAAUAUGUAAAACUGUUAAAUGCAAGAGUGUCCUUUUUGAAUAAUGUGACGGAGGUCUUGACGGCUUCCUUCGCUUGACUGGUUGUAUAAAGCAGUGACCGACUAAGAAUUUAGGUUCAGAGCCAAUUUUUUACAUUUUAGACUGUCUAAGCCGCAAGUAGUUUUACUCAGCAAAGACAAUUAGAGAUUGCUAUAUAGAGCCUCUGCCAGCAUAUAUAAUAUCAGAUGACUAUUCUCAAUAAGGAAUACUCGUAAAUUAAAAGCCAUAGAAAAGUUUGUUAUUAAAAAAAAGGUCUCGACAAUUCUUGAAGAAGAUUCGGUUCUCAACUCCUGGAGACCCAAGGGUUAGUACUGGAAUAUCGAGAAGGAAAAAAAAAAAAACCCCGGCUUGAAUGACAAAAAAGUAAAGACUCUUUUAUUAGGUUACCUCUUACUUCUUAGGUUCUCUAGACUUUAGACCAUUACAGUGACAAUGAAGAAGAAGAUUUUAUUCACACAAAAGAAGUUCAGAAAACCGAUAUGUGGAUCUUUGAUAUACGUUCUUUCUUGAUUAGUUUCACCAAUAAGAUAUUUUUAUGGCUGAGGAAGUGGGUUAUGGCCUGAGGAAAUGUAUUUUAUAAUGGAAAACUAUAAACUGAGCUGAUCUGACCUCUAUCUCCUGUAUGCAAUUAUAAAAGCUCUGGCCAACCAAAAUAUCAUUUAAGGGUCUCAUGAACAAAACAUUAUUGUACGGUUAAAAGGGUUGAGCAAACAAUGAUAUUAAAUUUUUUGGCUGAAAAUUCUAUUUUAGACCCGGAACUUAUUGUUCAGCAUUUUAUAAUAGUUACCGCUUACAAUUUUAUAUUAUAACAGUUAAGUGAUUAUUUUCUCUUCCUCUUCUGCUCUCUAUAUGGUUUAUUUUCAUGACUGGAAGCGCGCAUGCGCACUGAAUGUAAACAAUGGUACACCGGCAGUGGAAUGGAAGUAUUCACUCAUAGCAAAAGCGUAAACAGGAAGCACAUGGUACACACCAACACAUUCACAUAAGCACACAUACAUACAAACAGAGAUAUAGAUAUUGAGCCAAGCAGGGGUGUUUGCGCUAAAAACGAAUGCAGUAAAAAAAGGCAAUCAUUAAAAUACGAAAAUAGAAGUAGAACACAAAGAAGAGGAAGCAAGCAAGCAUAAUUAUGUGUACAAAAAAGGUAAAAAACAGUUGAAAGGCAAAACAGAACGCUGUGCAUUAAAAAUAAAACGCUCGAGUGCUUCACACAUACUUUCACAGUUAAGUAAGUACACAAAAGCACUUGGGGACACACACACUUAUACACAUAUACACAACGUACUCAAAGUGGGAAGCUAGUGAUUUUAUAGUCCUCCGCAAGGACGUCGGCAACGGCACAAUCGACACGCAGUCUUUGUCAGUCAUUCACACAGUCCGAGCGCGGGACGGCCAGCGCUGUUGUCGCCACUUAUUUAAACGUUUGUAAAAUGCUGUAUCAAUUGCAAGCGCAGCUACAAAAUGCUACUGAAAAAAUAUGUCAAAAAUCGACGAAAGUUGAAAAUACUCUUUCUGCUCAUGGUCAUAGCGCUGAUUGUGAUUACCGUGGUCAUACUGAACAUCUCGCCAAAUGUGAGCUCCACUGAACGCGUGCUCGACGAACGCUUCAUAGCGCGCAUCUAUGGCGGUGGCGACGGCGGUGGUGUCGGUUUAGUCGGCAGCCAAGACGGCCGCUUAGAGCAGCCACCACUGAAAUCGCCGCGCCAAAAUGGCGUUAUUGUGCCCGAAAAGUAUGACGAGCACAAGGUGAAGGCGCGCAUAGCACAGGAACGUGUGUUGCAGCUGCGCCAGGAGCAGCAGCGUAAUGCCAUUAAUGCGGAUGAGGAACACACCAAGCUGGAUGCCGUCACGACGGGUGUGCAUAUUUUCUACAGCGCACCUGUCGCCUGGUACAAGACGAAGAAGCCGCAGCUGGUCGCGCCACAGUUACAGCUGCGUGGCGCCGCCAAAGAGCUGCUGAACGAUGUUUCCGACGCCGUCCUAUUAUCAUCAUCAUCAUCACCAAUCUCAGGUAUAACAUCGCCAAUAACUACGACGACGACAGUAAAACCAGUGCGUAUACUUAACACCGCAUUCUAUCCGGCCUUGGGAUUGUAUAAGCCCACAACCAGUUUGCUGCAAAAGCAUUUCGAUAACAUACACAAUUGCGGGAUUGGCGUGCUUAUACUGAGCUGUAGCGGCAAAGCGGGCGAGGUGGAACUCUAUCGACAGCUGUUGGAACUGGCGCCCAACUAUAAUUUGAGCAUUACCUUUGAGAUUAGUGUGGCGGGCAAUCAGAGCGUGGAGUUUUUGCAGCAGCAAUUGGAGGUGGUGCGUCGCUACGCCACCGCCGAGAGUUUCUAUCGUAUUUAUUCGUUGUCGCGUAAGCGCUUGGUGCCAGUGGUUUAUGUAAGCAACGCGUAUAAGUUGAGUGAAACGCCUGCUGGUCGUGCUUUGUGUCAAACGCAUCCGGAGACGUUAAGGCGCAUUUUUGAUGCCUACUUUAUUGGGCAUAUUCGCCUCAAAAAUCAUGUGGAUAUCAUGCGACGCCUUUGCUUCGAGGGUUUUUACAAUAAAUUACCAAGUAAUGGCGCCACAUUUGCGAGCACCUGGAAGAAUUGGUCAUAUUUGAAAUCUUUCGCAUUAACAUACAAAAUGUUAUUUGUGCCCACAGUGGGACCAGGUUUUGCGGAACGUAAUAAAUUUCCACGACACGGUGAUAUACAAAGGCAUCGCAGCAAUGGCAGGUACUAUGGCGUCGCUUGGCGCACCGCUAUACUAAACCACGUGGGCUUCAUUAACAUCGCCAGCUACAAUAACUGGCCGGAUGGCAGUCAAAUCGAGGAGGUUAUACCGAAAGCUGGAUUUCUGGACUAUAAUCCCGGUGCGAAAACUAAGUAUAUCGAUUUAACAACACAUUGGGUGGGUAAUUUUUUAAAGACGCGUCAUGAGGCGGCCGCUGUUGCUGUUCUCGGUCAGCCAAGUUGUUAUGAAUUCUUAAAUAAUACAAUUUGUUGAAUGCCAGUUAAGCACGAGGAAAACUUAAACAAAAAA